UCUGUCCUCAAUCUUACCUGAACAUGCAAUUAGUUGCAAAUUCACUGGUUCUCACUCAUGUCUACUUGAGGAAUUUAUUAUUAUAUUUUUCAGUUGGAUAUAAAUACAUUGUCAAUUAGAAUAUAUGCAAAUAAACCGCCGUAUGGUUGUGCAAUAGUAUAUCAAUAUAUGAAUUUAAAGAAACAUCCAUAUGAUUAAGCAUUUUUGAAAAAUAAUUGUUCAGUUUGUUUUAGUGUUCAAAAUGGGAUUAUACAGUCAAAAUUCAGUUGUAAAUUUAAAAUACAAUAAUAACAUUAGACGGCGUAGUUCACUGGAUUUUCUCGGAGUAGACGAGUUUGUAAAAAAUGACAGUUCAAAUCUGGACCUAGGGCGGGACAGUGUCAUCGACCCAACUGAUAUUGCUGCGAUUUUUAGAAAGAAACAGAAAGAGAAAAACACAACUUAUAGAGUACGGAAGAGAUUGAACAUUCUACUGCAUACACAUAUUGCCUUAAUCACAGUCUGUGUCCUCAGCAGUUUGGAUGCCAUAUGUGUCAUAGGACAGGUCAUCUGUGAUAUACUUAUCAUGUCAGAGAAAUUGUCUGACUUCGAUAAAUUACACGAACGAGCCAGUGACAUUCUUGUCGACGUUCUGCCAGACUACUUCAACCACACAAAUCACUCCGGCUGGAGCUUUGAAGAAAUGAUAGAUCACAUAGAGAAAAGUUUCCUUGGGGGAACUUCCAGUAGACAUAUUAGUCCACGUGAUGUGCGAGAGAACUCAAGUGACGAUAAUACAGUUUCAUUAAUUACAAAUGCACUUUUACAGUCUAUUCUGUCAAGAUCUGUGCGAUCAGCAAGCUCUCCGAGCUCUGGGGAUCCCUCACAAAUGGCAGCGGGUGGAGGAGAUCACGGCCAUGGAGAGCACAGUCUAGCCUAUGAAUUCACCCACUCAUUCCACAUCGGUUCUAUGGCUCUGUUAUCGGCACUGCUGUUAGAGACUUUCUUGAAGAUAUUUGCGAUGGGGAAACAUUUUCUCAAUCAUAAAUUAGAAAUAUUUGAUGCUUUUGUUAUAAUGGUGUCUUGGUGCUUAGAUGUAGCAUUCUGGGAAGGUAUCUGGGCAAGACCUGGUCAGGAAGGGGCAACUCUGCUUAUUUUCAUUUUGCCUUGGAGAGUUAUAAGGAUAGUAAACAGUUUUGUGCUUGUAAUACAAGAAAAAGAUUUAGUGCUUCUGAAGGUUGUCAAACAGAGACUCCGGUUUCAGUUAAGAAAAGACAAAGAAUCUACUGCCAAACUUGAUAAAUACAGGUUGGAAGUUCGACAACUACAAGGUCUUUGCCGAAAACACGGAGCGGAUGAAAAUGCAAUACAAGCUUGCUGCCCUACAGGUAGGCGGAGAAGAAGCAGUUUAUUUCAGAGCUUAACAAGCUUAGCAUCAGUUGCUCUUGUUAGUGCUAUGGGAUCUUCUCCAAAAUUGGAACCAGAUAACGUGUCAUCUAGUGAAUCGGAAGACGAGUUGGACAAAGAAUUAAAGGAAAUCCCACGUACAGAUUCUACAGGGAGUGACAUGAGUGUAAAAUUCGUUCUAUCUCCGGAGCCUGAAGAUGUCGAAUUUGAAAUAAAAGUUCAGGGAGAGCAAAAUGAAGCAUUUACGUUUGAUGAAAAAGAGAUACAAAAGUAUAACAAGAGCGAAGAAGGAAACAAAAAACCUGAGGGUUUGAUAACAAAGUUGUAAUAAUCCUGCACAAUGUAUCAACGCUGGAGAAAGUACUUUUGUUUGGCAAUACUAACAGGAACAGAAGUUAAGCCACUUUGAGUUAGGCUGCAUUGACAAGUGUCGAACAAUCGUAUACAAAUCAUCCAUAGACUUUUGUAAUUGAUAACAUACCAUACAGGAGGGAGAAUACAAAUUUGCCAAAGUCCAAACUACGGGGCGUUGGUAGCUUCGGCAAAUGCUGUGUGUCAAACACCUUAUUGAUAGGAAUUUUAAGUUCAUCACUCAAAAGAAGCAGUGAUUGCACGAGUUAUGACCCUUUGUAUUUAGACCAAUUAUGAAGGACCUUUUCUAAACGGGACACACAUAUCCUGUUGAAAUAUGUUUGAUUCAUAUAUUUUGCUGUUUAUUUUACUUGCUGUGUAGAAUUUUCAGAAAAGAUAUAUCAUAUUUAGUGCAUGUCAAUUUGUGGGAAUAUGGGCCGCCGUGAGAAAAUUAUUGAGAAAUAUAGAGACCUAUCCCACAUUGUAGAUUGAAGUGAGUUAUUGUAAUUUCCCAUGUAUCUCUUUCCAGACACGCGACUGGAAAAAAUUGUGACGUCAUAAAUAUGGCGGCUUAAGAAAAAAUGAAAAAACGUAGGCUGCUGAAUAAUUACAGGUGACAACGUCUUUGAAAACUAUGUUAUGAUUGCAAAAUUGAUAUAUUUAGUGAAGGUAAUGUUUAUUCUAGCAGAUAAAACACUUUUAUGGAAAAGGAUGGAAUUAAUAUGUUUAAAAUGAAAAACAAAUAUCCAUAAAUAUAAAAAAAAUGACGAAAACGACUGAAUAACGAUAUUAAGUGAGCAAAUGUCUGUUUAAUGGCGCAGUAUGUUCGAUUUAAAAUAGAAAUAGUCUGAUAAUCUAUCACUACAAUAGUCGAUUAGCAUAAUUAUAUGUAUCUA